GACCAAGUUAAUGUGGAUUGAAAAAAGAUGUAGCAACCAGCACUGAUAAGAAAGGCUCAGAAUUUUUUUAAUUUAUGUAAAAGUAUCAAUCAAUUAUGCUAGGAAGUCGCGGAGAACCUAACGGGUAACCGGGGCUCCGGCUCGACGUGCAGGAGAAGGAACGGGGUGGUUUUUAGUCAGUAAGAGUCUGACACUCCUUUCCGCCUCACCCAGGCGGGAGCAGUUAUUCGAUGAUUUUCCCCCCUUAAAAAAAAAAAUUAUGCUAGGAAAUAUCUGAAUGGAAAAAUCCGGUGGAAAGAGCCAAGUCAAAAGCAUUCUCAAUCGGCGAGUAUGCUUUAAGAGAUUAGUUAAUUAAUUAAUUUAGAUGAAGAUUUCCUAACAUUUCUGUACUAUCCAUGUGUUUCAAGGCAAGUAGGUAGUUAAUGAGCUAUGAUUGUAAACACAAACAGACAGCCGACAGAAUGUUUGUCAAUUUCGGCGCAUGCCAUAUUUCAUAAGCUGAUUCGUGUUAUCACCUUAGUUACUGCACUUCAACAAAUUGAUGUAACUUAACAAAUAGACAUUGUAUUUAAGGCGAUUUCUACCCGUUUUUAUAUCAGUCACAUUUGUGUUUUGUGUGUACCUGAGUACUAAGCUAUUAUCAUGAUUGCCACGAAACUCUUUAUAUUCGCUCUCUUUGCCGGAGUACUUGCCGUGGAAGAGAAACCCGUUGCUGAAAUCAUAACAGAAAGUACCAUUGUUAAUCCUGAUGGAUACAGUUUUGACUUCAAGACCAGCGAUGGCAUAUCCAGACAUGAAGACGCCAGCCUGAUAACAGUGGGUGACAAGCAGGGCAUCGCAGUCAAAGGCUCCUACUCCUACCUGACUCCUGAAGGUGAAGAGUACCAGAUCACAUUCACCGCUGACGACAAAGGCUACAAACCAACUCUUCGAGUGGUCCCCGCCCAUCAAUAAUUUGCCAAUAUUUAGGCAAGAGCCACCGCAUAUUGCAGGAGUAACAGAAGAUAAGCAAAUGUGA